AUGAGUGAAACACCUUCAACCAGUUACUCAGUGAAUCAGCCAAACUCCUCUGGGAGUGAACAGAGUUUAUCCACUCGCCAUCUCAAUGUUACUGAACCUGUUGUGGCAAAACGGAUUUGUUUCUAUAAAAGUGGAGAUCCUCAGUUUAAUGGGAUCAAAAUGGUCAUUAACAACCGGUCUUACAAAACAUUUGAUGCCUUGUUGGAUAGUUUAUCCAAGCGAGUCCCAUUACCUUUUGGAGUAAGGAAUAUUAGUACACCGAAAGGAAGACACAGCAUCACCAAUUUGGAGGAUCUUGAAGAUGGAAAAUCUUAUAUUUGUUCCCACCAGAGGAGAAUGAAACCCAUCAACCUGGAACAGGCAAGCAAAAAACCACUGCCCUGGCAGAUCAGUAGGCCUGUCAGCGCGCGUCGCCGAGCUGUGCAAUUAGCAAGGCAGAAUGAAGAUGGAUUUGGCCAUCGAGAAAGAAAAAUAACAACCCCCAAAAAGUUGCUUGUUUUCAAAAAUGGUGAUGUCAGACACAGACGCACCAUGAUUCUGGGAAAGAAAAAUACACAUACCUUUGAGGCCUUUCUGGAUCAUAUAAGCGAGUUAAUGCAAUAUCCAGUUGUGAAACUGUAUACCACUGAUGGCAGAAAGGUUACUAAUCUUCAGGCCCUGGUAUUGUGCUCUGGAGCUGUAGUUGCAGCAGGGAGAGAGCCUUUUAAACCAAGCAAUUAUGAUUCUCUUGUGUAUUCGCAGCCUGCUAGAUUGCUUGGAAUGGCAAAUCGUGUGUACCCAAACACAAAUGCCAAGUCAGAAAGUGAAAAUAUGACAGCUGAAAUGGGCUCUAGCUCAAGAUCUCAGAUAUUCUCAGUUUCUUCUGAUAAAGUGUCCAGCAAUGAUAACAACUCGAAUGAUAACAACUCAAAUGAUAACAACUCAAAUGAUAACUCAAAUGAUAACAACUCGGUUUCUUCCUAUGCUCCUGAGAAGGACAUUGAGAAAUCUGUUCAUCUUAAUCAAGAUGGCAGUAUGACAGUGGAAAUGAAAGUUCGAUUCAAAAUUAAAGAGGAAGAAACCAUUAAAUGGACAACAACUGUAAGCCGUGCUGGCCUUUCUGAUGACAAAAACACCACCAUUUUCAAUUCCACAAUGCAUGAGGAAGACUGCUUAUCCAAUGUAAAUUCAUCAGAAUGUACAAAACCAAACCAUGCUCCAUUUUUGAAGAGCUACGAUAAAGAAGAGGGAGACUCAUUACAGCAAUUCAGUGCAGAAGUGUCAGACAAAGAAUCAGAGUCUGAUUUAAAAACUGCUGGUUGUAAUAACUGUAAGGACAACAGUUCUGCAGACCUAGAUGUAAGCGAUGUACCUGAGGAUAAUAUCAAGCCUCGCUUCUAUAGGCCUCCCACCCCUGGGCCAAGGCGUGUUAGACAAAAGAAAGCAGUAGUUGAAAGUGUCACUUUGGUAUCUGAGAAAGAGGUUCAGGAGAAGAGAGUAGAACAGUUUUCCUACAGUGAGGAAAUACAGAAUGGAGAAAAUAAAUCUGAGUAUUGCAUGGUAGCUCAUUCAAGCAGAAAAAAAUCAAGUGUCAGUAAUUCAAAGUUUAGCGAGAUGAGUGACAAUGAUUUAUUAAAGCUUUCUUCAGAGAAUAUAAAAGAAGAAAUGCAUUUUACAGUAAGCCACAGAAGUAAUGAUUUAAUAGAUACCACAAAUAGGAAGAUGGUAGAAAUGCCUGACAAAGACAAACUGGUACAGAAGGCACUAGAGAAAUCAGUUGCAGAACAAGAUACACAUAAUAGUUUAGUAUCAAGCUGCAAAGCUAACAUUAGUGGUUUCAUACCAUCCUCAAAAAUUUACCAGGCAGCUAGGCCAGGUUCAGCAGACCACAUCCAUGAAUCAAGUGACAUUAAACAAAUAAAAAGAUCAUUGAGUUCUUUUGUUAAAUAUUCAGAAUUAUGUCAGUCAAAAGAAGAAACUAUAUGCGAAGCUGCUGAUUUAUUACCUGUUUCUCAAGAUUCAAUGCAUUCAGCCUGUCCUGAACUUAGCCAGAUGAAGGUGAUGGUACCCCCAUGUAAUAAAACUGCUACUGAGAAAAUAAAUCCAACUGGCUUCUUUCCUAGUGUUACUGAAAGUGAGAAUCAGAUCAGUGACAGGACUGAAUCUGAGACAGCAACAAGUCUCAUGGAUGACAACCAAUCUGCAUCUUCCCUCACCAAAAAGAAGAAGAAGAAGAAGAGAAAAUCAUCUAACUUUCUAGAGCAAGGUACAUAUGAAAAUCAAAAAGAUAAAGAAAUUUCAGGAAUAAUUAAAGGUGAAGGAACACAUACCACAAGAAAAACUACACAGGAUUCCACAACAGAGGCCAUGGAUAAUUGUUCUGAAAUGCCUCAGAAAAAAGGAAUAGAAUUAUCUGUAAAAAGCAGCAAUGGGUCUGUCAAUUCAGACAAAAGCAUAUUUCCUGAAGAUGAGUUCUCUCACCAGGAUUCAGAGGAACAAAAUGGAUUAUCAUUUAAUAAAAAACAAAAAAAUAAUGACAAAAAGUUGGCCAAGGUAAAACUGAAGUCAGGCAAAAAGAAUAGUGUGGUUUCAUCUGCAAAGAGUGAAGAUGGUCAAGUGACAGCUGAUUCGAACAAUGAAUCUGAACACAGUCAGGAUACACUGAGUAGCAAGAAAGAAGGAAUAAAUCUCUCAACCAGUUCUUUUGAACAGACAUCUAACUCAUCAGUGUUUUCAAAGCCAUUGUCAGAAGUGCCAAAGAAUCUUAACUUUGAAAAAGAAAAGGAAAAGAAUAUUUUGGAAAAGUUAUCAUCAAAGAAAGAGAAAAAACAAAAAGGAAUGAAGAAAAAUCUAAGUAAAGGUGCAAAUAAAUUAAACAUAUCAGAGAGAACCAUUACACUAGAGGCUCUAAAACAGGAGGAUUUUCAAGAGGAUGUUCUUGAAAACUAUGUCCAAAGUUGGCUGAAAAACUUGUCACCAAAUACUGUCUUACCCCCUAUAAAUAAAAAAAAAGUGACUGUAGAGAGCAACAAUGCCUCUCAUUUUCCUAAUGAAAAUACUGAUAUUUCUAUAGAUAAAGAAACAAGAUUUCUCAUAAAUAAAUUACAUGUGACUGGAAAAAACCAUCUGGUUGAGCAUAAUCCAACAAAAAAAACAUUAAAGCCUAUUUCUGAAAUAGGAACUUUAGAAGAAUCAGGUGAGAAACAAACUGACUCUUUGAUUCAUGCUGAUGCAACAAUACUAGAAGAAGCCAAGCAUUCUCUAAAGUCAGAAUUUCAUCAUGAUGGUAAGCUACAGUUAUUUCAUGAAACACAAGACAAUGAUAACAAGAUGUCAGUCGAUAUUCAGGAUAACAACCUAUGUCAAAGGAAAAAAUCUGAAGUUGCUGUUCAAGUUGAUUGUGCAAUUGUCAAUGAGAAAAUGGAAUUUGAUGUUCAGAAUAAUUGUAUGUCUAGCAUGAUGCUGCAUGAACUACAAUCAAAUUUGCUUGUUCUCCAGAAGGAGCAUAGUGGAUGUAUAGGAAAAGCCUGCAGCCUUUCUGAUCUUUCUCCUUCAGCUUUUGGUUCUUCCUCCAAUGUCCUCCUAGCUUGGCUACUUCUACUGAAUCUGAGAGAGAAUUUGAUUGAGACAAUCAAAGACGAUACGAAAAAAACAACCUGCAGCUGUUCUGAAAUAUUCACACAGUUACAAUUUCUGAAACAAAAUUCAUUAGUAGAAAAAGUCAAUGAACUAAAGGCUGCCUUAUCUCAUUUUCAACAAUCAACAGAAAAUAACUGCUUAAGCUUUGGGGGAGAACUCGAAAAGCAGGACUCCACAGAUUGCCAUGAUGAUAUGCCUGUAUCUGAAAUUCGUAAUGAUAUACAUUUGCAUGCAAAUGAAAACUCAAUUGAGCCUUGCAUUCCAAAGGACAAUACAACUUCUGAAGAAGCUCUAAAAUUGACUGGUGAAUUAGAAAGUUCUUUAGAUAUACAGAAAGAUCUUUGCAGAGAAACAGAGACUUUGAACUUGAGUGCUCCCAAAACAGAGCUUGAUGGUCAAUAUGCCAAUACUCAUUCAAAUAUCUGUAACCCUGCAUUAGCUGUAGAGUCACCUGAAAGAAAUGAAGAUAUGCCUGAUAGCCUAUAUAAAAAGUCUCAAGAUAAAAACACAGAUACAUCAUUUGCUAAUGAAGAGUCAGAAAUUUCAGUAGAACCUAACUCAACAGCUCAUAGUGUAACGUCUAAUGACAAAAACUGUAUUUUAGAUCAUGAUACUUCUGAGUUAGAAGGUGAAAAAAAUAUUCAUGUUACUACUAACAAAAGUGAAGAUGAGAAUGUUGAUCCAAAGCCAGUAGGUAAUGAGAAAACCCCAAAUAAUCAACUUGAACUAUCUGUUGAAUCCUCUGUAGAAUACAAUAAUGAGGAUUAUUCCAUACAGGCAGACAAGAAGGAUGCAGAGACUGAUGAGGAAAUAUCUGAGAGGUUAUCUACAGCCUCUCCAUUAUCAUUUUGCUAUGAAUCAAAACAAAUUACAGAAUGUGAUAUGAGUGAAGGAGAACAGAAAUUGCAAGUAGAAGAGCUGGAGAACAGAACGCAUUCAGAUGCUUCUCAACUGAAAAAACGCUUAAGAAGUCCUGCUACUUCAGACUGGUCAGAUUACAGACCAGAUACUGAAGAGAGUGAUCAUAACUUUAGAGCAUCCAGUGAUUUGACCAAUGAAAGCGAGGAAGAAGCAAUACUUGAAAAACAUUAUAAUACUGGCUAUGUAAAAAGAACUAUUGAACGACUUUAUGGCAAGCAGGAAGCUUCAUUUAAGCCUGAAUUUCACAAAGGAUUUCCUUAUGUGUCAAAAGUAUUUCCAAAAGAUACUGAAGAAUUCUACUCUGCAGUGGCUGAAAAAACAAUUUCUUUUUCUCAAGAAAAUAGGUCUUAUUCUGCAGAGAAAUUUUCACAUUCUCCAAUGCCAUCACAAGAAUUUCCAGUAAACACAGACAAAGAGGACACUAUAUCAAGAAGAGAAAGUACUUCUUUACCAACACCACAAACUACUCCUAACAGAGAGGAGACAAGUUAUACUGAUGACUGUCCAGAGGAAUCUCCAAAGCAACAUUGUGAACCUAUCUCACAGGCUAAUGAAGAAGAAGGAAUAUUGAUAGAUAAAGGUAAAUGGCUUCUCAAAGAAAAUCAUUUAAUAAGAAGAUCACCACCUGAACGGAUUGGAAUGUAUGGUAAUUUGGAUACAACAUCAACAGACACAGUCCUUGAUGCUAACGGUGAUGAUGUUCCAUACUCGCACUUUGGCAAUCUGAAUCAGUACCCAGCCCUCAAUGAAAUCUCUUCUUCAGAACUUGAAGAGAUGGUUAAACCCUCUGCAAAUUAUUGCAACUACUUCAGUGUACCUCAUCAUAGUGAUUCAGAUCCGUUUCAGGAUGACUUAAAUAUAAAAAGCUCAUCUAGCCGCAAUGGUAAGAUCACUUCCCUUCCUGCAGCAAAGAAAGAAAAGAUCAAACCAUCAGUCAUGGUGGGUUCUACUUCCACACAGGCUGAUGCCAAUUUUCCAUCCUUUACAUCUGGAGAGUUUCGAUUGCCUGAUAACAAGGUGCAUCCAUUGGAACAGCCUUUAAAUGAUGAACCCAUACGGUCUCAGCCAACUGAUGGUAGUAAUGCUAACCAAAGUGCUCUUCGGGAAGAAGAUUCUCUGGAUAAACUCCAUGCUAUAUGUGGCCAACAUUGUCCAAUACUGAUGGUGAUAGUAACACCAAUUAAUGAGGAACAGAGAGGAUAUGCCUACCAAAAGGCAUCUGAUAUCGAGAACCAGCUGGGGCCAUGUUUGUUGGCCAAAACGAGUAAACAUUUACAAUGGUCACGCAAAGAUUCAGUAACAGACAGAAAUAAUCAUGUGACUCUGAAGAGUAACUGUAUCAAUAAGAUUGCCAAUAAUAUUUUCAAUAGGUUUUAUGCUAAUAACACCUUAGAUUUUAUUGGUAACAUUGGAAUACUUGCAUGUUCAACUCUGAAAAAUACAAGCAGUUUAGGGAAGUUUCAUGUUAUAGAGGAUAUGAAUGCAAAACCUGUGGAAGUCAGCAACUGUCAGAAUAAUGUAUCCAAACACACACCCAGUCAUCCUGAGAUAGGCACAAAUAGUGAGCUACCCAACAGAAAGUCAAAAACAUGCCAAAGUCUAAGAAUAAGCCUAAUUCAUAUUGUUGGAGAAAAAGUUUCUCCUGUGUUGGCAGAUCCAGCAGAAACUUGUCAUUCUGAAACAUUUCUGAAGUGUGACUCUUCUUUAAAUAACACUGAACAUAAUGCCUCUGAAAAUCUGAAAAAUGAAAAUGCCAUUCCUACAGAAGAAGCAGAAAAAGAAGAUGGUUCCUUUUGUACAAUGGAAAACGGAAAUAGCAAAGAUGAGAAAGACUUGGAAUAG